UUCGCUCUCGGUUCUCGGAAACGGCGUCAGAGUGAGACCUCCUGUCCCGUGUCCUCCUCUGUGCGGCUGCUCUCCUCUCUGUUAGCUUGCGCCGUCUCCUCCGCUAGCUUAGCCUGCUAGCUAGCUAGCAAGCAGCCCAGGUAAACAUGGCCAUGUCGCAGGCUCUGUCAGAGGAGGAGUUCCAUCGGAUGCAGGCUCAGCUGUUGGAGCUUCGGACUCAGAAUUAUCAGCUGUCUGAUGAUCUCAGGAAGAACACGGCAGAACUGAACGCCGUCCGUCAGAAGAAUGUGGCUCUGGAAAGAGAUUUUGUCAAAGCACAGAAGGCUCUGAAUAAGAGCAAGAAAGCUCAGGAGGUCGAUGCUUUGCUGAGUGAGAACGAGAUGCUUCAGGGGAAACUCCACAGUCAGGAGGAAGACUUCAGACUACAGAACAGCACUCUGAUGACUGAGCUCUCCAAGUUGUGUACGCAGAUCGAACAGCUGGAGCAGGAAAACCAGGGCCUGAAGGAGGGAGGAGGAGCCUCUGCAGCUGCUCCUCCGCCCAACCCUGCCUCCAGUCCUGUGGAUGGAGAACUGCUACGCCUCCAGGCUGAAAACUCCACCCUCCAGAAGAAAAUGAAAGUCCUGCAGGAGCGCUACGACAAAGAGCUGCAGAGACAGACUGUCGCCCAGGGCAACCAGAGUGCCACCUCAGAGACCGACGGAUCUGCCAGUGCCAAUGGAAUCUCUGAUGUCACGGGGAGAGGGGAGGAGUCUGCAGCACAGGGAACCAAUGAAAGACUGGAACAGACAGAGGCUCAGCUGGAGCAGACAGAGAAACAGCUUCAUGGCCUGUCAGAGAAGAGCGUAGAGAAGAUUGUAGCUAAGCAGGCAGCGCUAGGCUGGUCGGCUGCUCUCUGUCCAAUAACUCACUGCUUUGGACCAGAGCUGGAGAUGGCACUGAACACCGAGCAGGAGGAGAAGAGGCUGCUGAGGGAGCAGAUCCACAACCUCGAGGCAUCCAAACAGGCUGAAAUCACCAAACUACAGGAAGAGAUCACAAAGCUGUCUGACAAGUUAAAGAAGAAGCAGGAGAGUUUUCAGCGUCUGCAGGGAGAGAAGGAGGCUCUGUACAACGACAGCAGGACAAAGAUCGAUGAGAUCAACCAGAGGAAAGAGGAGGAGCUGAAGGCCGUGAACCUCCGUGUCCAGAAGCUGCAGUCAGACGUCAUGGCAGCCAAUCAGGUGACAGCAGAGCUGAGAGAGCACCUGCAGAGCAAAGAGAAAGAGCAUGAGCUGGCUCUGCACACACUGAAAGAUCAGGUAGCCAAUCAGAGCGCAGUCAGUCAGGAGCAGGUGGACAGCAUCCUGCAGGAGAACGAUGCUCUGAGGACAAACCUAGCUGCUCUAGAACAGAUCCAGACGGUGAAGACGCAGGAGAUGAAUCUGUUGCGUGAGCAGCAGGAGGCGCUGACGGCCGAGCUGCAGCAGAGACGAGCUGAGCAGGAGAGUCUGUUGGCUCAGAGAGACGACCUCGACUCCCAGCUGCAGGAGUCGAGUUUUGCGAACAGGAAGUUGUUGGAGCAGUUAACAGAGGAAGGACAAGAGAAGGAGAGACUGCUGAGAGAGCUGGACGAGGCCAAGAAGACAGCGGAGAAGAGGAAGGCCAUGUUGGACGACAUGGCCAUGCAGCUGAACCAGGAGAAGUCCGACCACAAGGAGGCGCUGUCAGACCUCAAACUGCAGCACGAGAAGGAGGUUCUUGGGGUGAGGGCUCGGUAUGAGAAGGAGCUCAGAGGACUCCAUGAAGACAAGAACCGCUCUGAAGAGGAGAUCCGACAGCAGCUGAGAGAGGAGAAGGCUCGUACCAAAGAGUUGGAGGGUCUCCAGCCGAAGGUGGAGGAGCUACAGGCUCAGGUUCAGUCCAUGGAGGGAACCAAAGGAUGGUUCGAGAGACGACUGAAAGAGGCCGAGGAGAACAUUGAGAAGAACUCUCUGGAACAUCAGGAGGAGAUCAAGCAGCUGCAGAAGGAACACACACUUCAGCUGGAGGAGAAACAGGCAGAGAUGGAGGGAUUGAAGCAGCAGCUGGUGGAGGUGGAGAAACAGAGGGAUGAACACGGAGACACCAUCGGGAAACUCAAACAGGAGAUAAAGGACACCGUGGACGGUCAGAGGAUUCUGGAGAAGAAGGGAAGUGCAGCGCUGAAGGAUUUGAAGCGGCAACUGCAGCUGGAGAGGAAGCGAGCGGACAAACUGCAGGAGAGACUCCAGGAGAUACUGACCAACAGCAAGACCAGGACAGGUCUGGAGGAGCUGGUUCUGUCGGAGAUCAACAGCCCCAGUCGGACUCAGCAGACCGGAGACUCGUCCUCCGUCUCCUCCUUCUCCUACAGAGACAUGAUGAAGGAGGCUCAGCCGACCAAUCAGAACAAGUCCGGAGGGGGCAGUCCUCAGUCUCAGCGUCCCGCCGAAUUAUCGGACGACGAGGUCGGAGAGCUGUUCCAGCGUCUCGCCGAGGUUCAGCAGGAGAAAUGGAUGCUGGAGGAGAAGGUGAAACAUCUGGAGGUGAGCUGCUCGUCGAUGGCCGAGGAUAUCUGCAGGAAGAGCGCCAUCAUAGAGACAUAUGUGAUGGACAGCCGCAUAGACGUGUCGGGCAGCGCUGUCGGAGGUCACGGAGGCUCUCAGGGAGACAGAGGAGGUCUGGGUUCGGUCCUCAGAGAUCUGGUCAAACCGGGAGACGAGAACCUGAGAGAGAUGAACAAGAAGCUGCAGAACAUGUUGGAGGAGCAGCUGACCAAGAAUAUGCACCUGCAGAAGGAUCUGGAGGUUUUGUCCCAGGAAUUAGUCCGUCUCAGCAAAGAGAACAGUCCUGGUGGCGGUGCGGCUGGGUUGGGAUGAGACUAAUGCCUGAAUCCAUCCGUCCAUUCCCUUCCCUCUCACUACUGUCUGUUCGUCACAGCUGGAUGGUGUGGGCUGGGCUCAGACUAACACCUGGAAUCGGCAAGUCUUACUUUCCCAUUCAUGACCUAAGAACCUGCUGUGGGCUC